GUCUCACUCUCUCGCACAGACGAUGGUCUCGCGCUCAGCGGCGGGUCAUGUUGUCCUGGCGACACCGGACCUGCCCGCGUGCCACCUUCAGAGGAGCGGGACACGGCACGACUCUGGCCCAGGGACCUGAGACUGGGAUGGGUGGGGAGGCUUGUCACAAGUUGGGAUCGACCAAUAAUCUGCGAUUGCUGCUCUACAUCUUGAUCCCCACCUUGAGCCUUCUGGCCGCUCUGCUGCUGCUGGUCCUGGCCCUCACAGGUAUUUUUGGCAGAGGUCUUUUGAACUUCAACCCCCUUCCUUCUCCUGAGCCCAUCGCAGACAACAACCACAGCACAAGCCCCUCCCCCUUUGAGGCGGGGAGUGUUACAGCCUUGUUACCUUAUCACAACAGCCAUGAGUAUGACAGAGGCGUUGCAUUCCACAACAAGAGCACACCUAAUGCUACUGCCUCUCUCCCAGCACCUUCCUCCACUCAGGCCACGCCCAGUCAGCCAUUUACAACAACUGCUGAGUGGCUGACCUCUGUGACAUCAAUGAGCUCCACCUGGCCAAUAAGCACCACGGCAUCCCCUGACUCAGUUGUCUGUCAGCUGAUCACUGAGCCUCAGUGUCACAUGCUGCCCUACAAUCAAACAUGGCUGACAUCUUCUGUUGCCGUGGUCAAGAGUUCAGAAGUCGACAUGCUGCUAAGGUUCUUCAGCUACCUCAGCAGACUCUCCUGCUAUCGACACAUUAUGCUGUUCGGCUGCUCGCUGGCGCUACCUGAGUGCUACAUCGAUACUGCUGACGGCACGCACAACAACAGACAGGUGGUGCUGCCCUGUGCAUCCUUCUGCGAGGCGGCGAGAGAAGGCUGCGAGCCCGUCCUUCAGAUGUUCAAUGCUUCCUGGCCCGACUUCCUGCGUUGUUCUCAGUUUAACAACGUGAGCUCCACUCCUCCUCCACCUUCAUCAACAUCCUCACCGACAACGUCCACCACAGCCGUACCAGACUCCGCCCCUCACUCCUGCUACAUGCCCCGACAAAUCAAAGGAAAGCCAUCUGUGUGUGGCGGGAGGGACAACUUUCUUUGUGCCACAGGGAUUUGUGUCCCCGAGAAGCUGGUGUGUAACGGCUACAACGACUGUGACGAUUGGAGUGAUGAAGCUCACUGUGUUUGUACAGAUGUCGAGUUUCGCUGUAAAACCGGUCGGUGUCUUUCGCCAGCUUUGGUGUGUGACGGCUACGACGACUGUGGAGACCUGAGCGAUGAGAUGGACUGUGUGUGUGACCUGAGUCGUGAACACCGCUGCAGUGACGGUCGCUGCGUCUCCAAAGAGUGGCUCUGUGACGGCGAUCACGAUUGUCUGGACAAAUCUGAUGAGCUCAACUGCUCCUGUAAGAGUCAGGGUCUUCUGGAGUGCAGGAAUGGUCAGUGUAUUCCAUCAGCGUUUCGUUGUGACGGUGAGGACGACUGUAAAGACGGCAGUGAUGAGGAACACUGCAGCCGAGAGCAGACUCAAGGUGUGUGUUCUCCCGGUCAACCCAGCUGCAUUUCCACUUCCUGUCCGUCAGCAUGUGUGGGCAGCAGCGCCACCUGUGACCCACGAAACAACAACAGUAACUGCACUCGAUGUGAACCAAUCAGUCUGGAGCUGUGCAUGAACCUUCCUUACAACCUGACCACGUACCCCAACUACCUGGGUCACCUGUCCCAGAGAGAGAGCUCUGUGUCCUGGGAGUCCUCCUUGUUCCCAGCCCUGGUCCAGACUGGCUGUUACCAGUACCUCAUGUUCUACGCCUGCACACUGCUGGUGCCCAAGUGUGACCCUGUCACUAUGCAGAGGGUCCCACCCUGCAGGUCACUGUGUCGUAACGCCAAGGAGAAGUGUGAGUCUGUACUGGGCAUCGUGGGACUGCAGUGGCCUGAGGACUCGGACUGUAGCCAGUUUCCAGAAGAAGGAGGAAACGUCACCUGUCUGCUGCCAGAGGCGGGUGUAGACGAGUGCUCUCCCAGUCACUUCAAGUGUCGAUCGGGUCGCUGUGUCCUGGCGUCCAAACGCUGUGACGGACACCUGGACUGUGACGACCACAGCGACGAGGAGCACUGUGGCUGCUCAGAGCGCUCUCUGUGGGAGUGUCCCGGCAGUAACGUGUGCAUCAAAGCCAGCAUGAUCUGUGACGGUUUCCCAGACUGCCCCCUGCAGGUGGAUGAGGCCAACUGCUCAAAGUGCAAAGACAACGAACUCUCCUGCAACAAUCAUCAGUGCGUUCAUCGAACACUGUGGUGUGACGGGAAGAAACACUGCUCUGACAGCUCCGACGAGUGGAACUGUGUGUCUCUGUCUGAUCGAUCCGGUUCAGUGCUGACCGUGUUCAGGACAGCGGCAGAAUACCAGGUCUGUGGUGACGAGUGGAACCAUGAGCUGAGUACUCUGACCUGCGCCCAGCUGGGACUAGGGGUGCCCUCCUCUGUUUCCAUGGUAGCUGACCAGCCUGGAGUCCCAGGCCGUCGACGCUGGUUACACGUCCAUCCUGACUGGAACCUGAGGAACAGUUCUGCUCUGCAAGCCCGGCUGGAGAAGAGAAGUCAUGCUUGUCACUCCAGAAGAAGGGUGUCGGUUCUUUGCUCCAGAGAAGAGUGUGGUCUCCGUCCAUCAGUCAACAGCUACCGCCACAGAAAGAAGAGGAUUCUGGGUGGUCGGGUAUCACGUCGGGGGGCGUGGCCAUGGCAGUGCUCACUGCAGAGCGGUCAGAGUGGACACGUAUGCGGCUGUGUUCUCAUUGGCCGGCGUUGGGCUCUGACCGUGGCACACUGCUUUGAAGGGAGGGAGAGCGCUGAUCUGUGGAAGGUGGUGUUGGGCCUUAACAACCUGGACCACCCCGGUGUUCACAGUCAAACUCGUGGCGUGCGCUCCAUCGAUGUGCACCCACGCUACAACAGAGCAGUGGUGGACUACGAUAUCAGCGUGGUUCAGCUUGACUCUGAGGUGAACGAGACGAUGUUUGUCAGACCUGUGUGUCUGCCGCAGCCUGAGGAGCUGCCGUCACCUGACUCCUACUGUUACAUCACUGGCUGGGGUCACAUGGGCAACAGGAUGCCCUUUAAACUCCAGGAGGGGGUGGUGCGGAUCAUCUCUCUAAUCCAGUGUCAGUCCUACUUUGACAUGAAGACCAUCACUCCCAGGAUGCUUUGUGCAGGAUACGACGCAGGAACUGUCGACUCCUGCAUGGGGGACAGCGGCGGUCCACUGGUGUGUGAGGACAGCAGCGGUCAUUGGACGUUGUUCGGCCUGACGUCCUGGGGCAGCGUCUGCUUCAGUAAAGUCCUGGGUCCAGGAGUUUACAGUAAUGUGACUCACUUCACUCCCUGGAUCAGACAGAAGAUCUACAUGCACACGUACCUGAGCGACUGAUACACACACACACACGUGUGCGCACACAUACACACGAGCGCUUUCAUUCCACAAGGACGUGAUGUCAUGUUCUGACACAAACACACCUUCACUUCCUCUAUCUGUGCCUCUGUCUAUAUACUACAGCAGUAGUAGACACUCGUGUUACAGAUGCUAACUGGUUAGCUAGCAGAAGAAAUGAGUGACAAUUUCACUCGGAUCAUUUGAAAAAUCUUACAUUUUUAUGACAUCAAUCACAUCUGACUACAGUUGAAACACUAUUAAGUUUUUAAUGUUUUAAAUUUCAUAUUUAAAACACAUUUUUUUAAGUUCCAAAUGUUUUUUUUAACUGAGUGAGGUUUUAAGUUUAAUUUUGUUUUUCAUAUUUUUAAAUGACAUUUUUUCACAUUAUUUUUAUAUUCAUAUUAAAAACAUGAGUUAAAAAAUAUUUCCUUCAAGAGCAAAUAGGAAUUUAGAGAAAGAUGUUUAAAACAGAUCUGUUCAGUGUUACUAAAACGUGUUCACACAGUACUUAAUCACUAUUUAUAUUUUCAACGUUUGAGUAUAUAUGUCAAAAAGUAUUCCACAUUUAUAUGUAGCAAAGGUGAAAAUACUAAAACUUUAAAAAUAUGUUGAAUGUCCAGUUUAAAGGCAAAAACAAUAUAAACCACAUUCAGAAUAUUUUAGGUUUGAAUCAGUAAAACCCGCCAAAUAGUGAAAUAAUGAAGUUUAAAACUAAUGUCUGAAUAUUUGCAAAUUUAAAAAAUAGGUUCUCCGAAUCAAAACAAGGCAUAAAUAAAUACUGGAAACCUGAAUGAAAACAUACAACAUUCAAACAUUUAGGUGUGAUUAUCACAAAAGCAAUUUACUGGUAAAAUUAAAAUCCUGAUUUUAAAAAAGUAGGUACAAACACUUUACAAAACUUAAACAAAUAUUCCAAGUACAUUUUUUAGUCUAUUUCUAUUAAGAAAAUACAAAGAUUUGUUAAAAAAGAUCAAAUUAGCUUUGACUUUGAUUCAAAGUGAUACAGACCUUCAUGAAGAGUCAUCGGCAGAGAUGAAUAAAAUACAGACAUUUAAAUCUUGGUCUAAAGUACAGUAAAUGUCUCUACUUAAUAACAAGUACAAACAAUUUGAUCGAAUAAAACAAAUAAAAAUAAAAUGGAAGGUUUUAGAUCAGAUCAGAGAAAAAUGAGUGAUUUCUGCUUUUAAGUAAAUACAUUUUUUCAAUUUCAAUUUCUUCAAAUUUGGUUUAACUGUAAUACCAUCAGGUUUUUAAAUUAUUUUUAAAUCAGUACAACCCUUCUUUCCACAAUUCUUUAUUUGAAUUUAAAGUUACCAGGUUCAGGCGCUCGACGCUGACGUUCUACCAAGCUGCUAGCUAAAAGUGAGCACUCAAACGCCCACAAUGCUUCACUCUCCAGUGCCUGUAACCUAUCUUAGCUGUAAAAACAAAACAAAACAUGUUACUUGUACACAGUUGUACUGUAUGUGUGAGUGAGAAACUUUUUAUUUGCCUCAAAAAAAAAAAAAAAAACAUGCACUGGAAAUUUUUUACUUAUUUUUUCCCCUCUAGUCAGUGUCAGGUGACGUCAUCCUGAAUCUAUCUUUUAUUUCAAUAUCCUGAUGUUAAGUCUUAUUUUAAAUAACAUUUCUUUUUAAAUAAAAUACUCAGACGAAUAUUAAAAAUGUAUUCACUUCUACAUGUGUAAUAUUGAUGUAACCACUUAAUAAAGGCUUAAUAACAAAUAACAAUAAUACAGUCGUGUCACCCAUCGGACAAAAUCUGCAGUUAGAUGUUAUAAAAAGUACUACAGUAUAUAUACCUUAUACUGUUUAUAGCUGUAAGCUCAACUCUUUCAGUAUUUCAAUUCAGUCCUCUGACGUCCAAAAUCUGAUCUAAUGUGAACUUGUGAGAUUUUUCUAAUCCAAAUGUUCCGCUUUUUUUUGGCUAACUAGAAACUGCAGUUAUAAAGGAGCUAACAGAUGCAAAUUCAAAAUAAAACUGCCGCAUCAGCACCAGCUAGAUAGUCAAGCACAAAUGUUUAUUAGAAAGUAUAUAUUCACAGUGAAGUGUGUUAAAGGCAAAAAUUACUAAAAAAAAAAAAAAAAACACAAACUUUUAUUCCGUCUAAACUCUCUCAAUUCAGAAUAAUCCCAAUUUUCACACCUGUGUUUUCCCGAAAAUUUCUAGUUUGCAUUUUUAAUACUAAAAAAUAAAUAACUAAAUUUCCUGAGUAUUUUAAGUUUUAACGUUAAAAGUGGGAAUCUCCGAAUGUGAAUAUGAACGUUGUAUUGUUUUUCCUUUUUAAAUCUGAAAUUCUGAAUUUUCUGAUUUGUUAGUGUAAGAAAAACAUUUCCUUUAAAUUUGAAUUAAAAACUGAAGGAACAUUUGAAGAUGGACUGAAUUCUGACCUAAGGGUAAAAAUGUAAAUUUUUUUAGUUAAUGUUUUGAUAGCUGUAGCCUUGUCCAGUUAAGUUGUCAACAGCAGCGGGAAGUGCUGUUGGUUUGUAGUCCAAACCUUUACCUAAAUCUACAAAGGCUGGAAAAUUACAUUACAUUACAUUUAGCAGACGCUCUAAUUCAAAGCGACUUGACAGUUUAUAGUAGCUGUUAGCAUCAAGCUAAUUUCCCGCAACAGUCCAAUGGCCAAAAAAAGCAGAGAAUAAAAAAAAAAAGCAAAAUUAUACAGACAUAUUUUUAAGUGGUUUACAAACUUAAACACAUCAGUAUUAGCCUCACGCCACUGUCGCCAUCAUUAAAGUGAGAUGUAGAACAUUCCAGUGCUCAACAGCAUUGAUUGUUUGGUUGUUGUUGUUUUUUUUUAUUUUUACAAAUAUUUUUCUACGGCCUUUUGUACGUCACGCGUCUUACACAGAGCUGUCGGUGUGUGUGCUCGUCUAUUAAAGAGAAAAGGUGUGUCUGUGUUGUCACUUCCUGAUUUAGCCGUCAACUCUACUGUAAUGAUAAUGAUGAUUAAGAAGACGAGUGUGUGUUUGGACUUUAUGACCGUAGUUUCUCAUGCUUGUGUCCACAGUAUUUGGUUUGUAUCACCUCCUGUACACAAAUAAAACUGUAUAAACACA